UUCCUCUCUCUUCCCCCCUUCUCUUUUCCCUCAACCCUCGUCCUCCCUAUAACCUCUUAUUCCCGCUAAACUCGACUAACGUGAAAGGCAAGCUGGUACUUGCUUGGAUCCUAUCAUUCAUUCGACGAGAAAAUAAUAUUAAUUUUGACGAUUUCCGAUAUUUACUCCGCGUUGGCCUUAUCUCCACUUUGCGGAUUAUUAUUCACCGGGCACGAGAACUCGAGCGUUGAGCGUUUUUGGGUAAUUACUGGCUUCGAGGCGCACUCUCUAAGCAGACCCUAGCCAUCUCGACCUGGACCUAGAACUAGGGUCCCUGGCUCCCCUGGUCCCCUCCCGCUUUCGCUCGGCUUGACCAGCAUAGCACCCCCCCACCACUACCAUCUCGACGCAGGUACCUCAACUCGACAUAAGAUACAAAUGGCAUCUCUACCCCCCAACCCCCAAGGAGACCUCAUGAGAGCAGCAAACGUCAACAUGGCCGUCGCACAACCGACUAAGUCGAAGGCUGCUUCGAAGCAAAGCAACAAUGCCAACCCUAAAGCAAAGUCACAGAUGCACCGCCGUUCAAGAACAGGCUGCUACACCUGCAGGCUACGACGGAAGAAGUGCGAUGAGGGCACUCCUAUGUGCACGGCAUGCAAGCACCUCGGUCUUGACUGUGAAUACAAGCGACCGAUGUGGUGGAGCAACAACGACUCGAGACGACAUCAAAAGGACAACAUCAAGGCGAUCAUCAAGCGAAAGAAGGUCACCGAGAAGGGCUCUCACAACAUCCAGACCUCAGUUAGUUCGCCGCCCGGCCUGUCGCACUCCCUUCCUACCUCUGCGACCUUCUCGGAUCCUCUAGAUCGAACGAGGUCGGCGUCAAUCGACUCGCAAUUCGCCUUCAACUUCAACAGCCCGCCCAAUGUACAGGACUAUGGGGCUUACAACCCACACAUACUCCCGUCGCAUUCCGAUUUCAUGUUCAACAUGUCUCCUUACGAGAUUGACGUUAAGACGGAGCGACAAAUGUUUGUGAAUGACGUCCCUACCCUAAGAGAAUCAACAGUUUCAACCUUCAGCACUUUCCACACGCCACCACCUCCGGGAACCAUCCUCCCGUCUUACCCCAUGGAAGGAGAAUGGGCCGAGCAAGUCUUCCAGGAACGUCGCGAGUCGCUAACUGAAGAGGCAUUGAACUACAACUUUUUUGAUUUCUCGCACGGACUACCUACUAGCACUGGACAAGUCGAUAUCGAACUAGAUGAGAACGACCAGCGACUGCUAGAGCAUUUCAUUCAAUUCGUGUUGCCAACUAUCUUUCCGAUCCUGGAAACUAACCAGCACGGCUCUGUCGGCUCUGACCUCAUCCUGCCUAACUUACAGAACAACAAGCCUUACCUUCACUGCUGUCUCAUGAUUGCAGCUCAACACUACAAGGCAACAAUGAACGUCCAGGGAGAGGAAAUCGACAACGACAUCAUGCGACACCGACACGCUACCAUCGUCGCUCUUUGCGAAGCUCUAAACAAGGAUGAGAACCACCACCAGAUCCUCGAGGCAACUCUGGGUCUCAUCUUCUUCCAAUCCUGCGUUGGCCGAUAUGACGAUUCGCUCCCUGACAUUCCCUGGCACCAGCACUUCCAGGCUGUGAACUCUCUCGUCACGAAGUUGGACCUGCCCCGAUUGGUUUCCGACUCGUGCGAGCAGCUCCCUCAAACCCCAUUUAACAUGACGUUGACUGCGUGGAUCGAUAUCCUAGGAGCAACUAUGCAAGGGAGAGCCCCAGUUUUUGCACACACGUACCGCGAAAAGCACUUAUCUACUACUAACCCAUUUCUUGGACUUCGCGAACUAAUGGGCUGCGAUGACCACAUCAUGUAUCUCAUUUCCGAAAUCGCUUGCCUCGAGGCCCUCAAGAAGGAAGGAAUGGAUGACAUUACCCUUUGCCAGCAUGUACACGCUCUUGGCGACCAGAUUGGGUUGACUGAAACCCAUGACAGCGCACCCAAGAUGCCUUUCAACGCCAAUGGCUCUCUUAGCCCGAAACAACUCAGCAAGAACAUCACCAGCGCCUUCCGAUUGGCAGCUCGCAUUUACCUAUGCAGCCUAGUUCCCGGCUUCUCCCCCAGCCAGGCUAGCUGCGUUGGCUUAGUUGAGAAGCUCACUACCGUGCUACAACUUAUUCCGUCUGGCGCCAGUGGCUUUGACCGAAGCCUCUCCUGGGUCUACCUAAUCGGCGGAUCCGUCAGCGGAAUGAACUCUAGCUUCAGACAAUUCUUCAACGACCGCAUCGCUCAGCUAGGCGAUGCUUCUAACUACGGCAGUUUUGGUGGCGUUGUCUCGCUGCUACACGAGGUCUGGCAACAGGCCGACAACAGCCAGCCGAGUCCCAGUGCGAACGGGUCUACAGAAGCGCCCUACAUCUCCUGGAGAGACGUUAUGCAGAUGAGGGGCUGGGACUACCUGCUGAUCUAGAUUGAUCAUGUCCCUCGAAGCCGGUCUCGAGGAGAGCAGUCCCUCUCCUCAUCUGCGGGUGGCCUUCUGGGGGCGAUGCAGGAAAUUGCCACCCCCCUUCGCACUGCGACUACGGUCGACCACAGUAUUUUCUUUACAUUAUUA